UGCAGCACAACAAACAGAAACUUCCAAAAUUUCUCCAACAUACACACACCCCUUAUAUAAAUUCACAUUCCCAUAACACAAAAUCAAACCCAUCCAUUAUCAGUAAUGGAAUCCUCUUAUAGUCUACAAUUCUUAAUUACCUUCAUUGUCAUUCUCAUAUCCAUCAACCCCUCAUCACACCAAUCUCUACCACCACUAAACCCAAGACUCACCAAAGCCUACAUAGCACUCCAAGCAUGGAAACAAACAUUCACCUCAGACCCAAAAAACACCACCUUAAACUGGUAUGGCCCAAAUGUAUGCAACUACACAGGUAUCUUUUGUGCACCGUCACUAGAUGAUCCUUACAUCAAUACCGUUGCUGGUAUAGACAUAAACCAUGCAAACAUAGCAGGUUCAUUACCAGAAGAACUUGGUCUUUUAACAGACAUAGCUCUUUUCCACAUAAACUCAAACCGUUUCUAUGGUUCACUCCCCAAUAGUUUCAACCACCUUCACCUUCUCCAUGAGCUAGACAUCAGUAACAACCAAUUCUCAGGAACAUUCCCGGAGGUUGUUCUUUGCAUUCCUUCAUUAAAAUACUUGGACAUAAGAUACAACAAUUUUCAAGGAAAUGUUCCUAAAGGCCUCUUUGAUCUCAAACUUGAUGCACUUUUCAUCAACAACAACAAAUUCAAAUUUUCUUUACCAGAAAAUUUCGGAAAGAUGCCAGCUUCUGUUGUUGUGUUCGCGAACAAUGAUAUACAAGGUUGUAUUCCAUCGAGUGUAGCGAAUAUGAAAGAUACAAUCAACGAGAUAAUUAUGACGAACAGCAGAAUGAAAGGCUGUUUACCUAAUGAUAUAGGAAAAUUGGAUAAAGUGACAGUGUUUGAUGUUAGUUUUAAUGAGUUUGUUGGUGAAUUGCCUGAAAGUAUCAGUGGAAUGAAAAGUUUGGAGCAGUUGAAUGUGGCACAUAAUAAAUUUUCUGGUGUUAUUCCUGAGAGUAUAUGUAGAUUGCCAAGGUUGGAGAAUUUGACGUAUUCGUAUAAUUAUUUUAGUGGUGAAUCAAAGAUUUGUGUGAACUUGGAUGAUAAGGAUGAUAGGAAAAAUUGUAUUCCUCAUAGGCCUUUGCAAAGAUCGAGUGAUGAGUGUGAUGCUUUUUAUAAACAUCCUGUUCAUUGUACUGGUGUUGGUUGUUCUUUUGUAACUCCACCGCCACCUCCACCACCACCUCCACCGCCACCUCCUCCACCACCACCACCGCCACCACCACCUCCACCUCCUCCUCCGCCACCACCGCCGCCGCCUCCACCACCACCACCAUCACCGCCUCCACCUCCACCUCCACCACCGCCGCCUCCACCUCCACCUCCACCUCCUCCUCCGCCACCACCACCACCUCCACCUCCUCCUCCGCCACCACCACCGCCGCCGCCUCCACCACCACCACCAUCACCAUCACCGCCUCCACCUCCACCACCUCCUCCGCCACCAUCUCCUUGUCCGCCACCACCUUCACCACCUCCUCCUCCGGCAACUUACUACCAUUAUCUCUGAUGAGACAAGAGCUUGGAAUUUUUUAUUCUUCUUUUCUUCCAAAUUGGUAUACGUAAGAGAAUUAGAGGUAGUGUUUAAUUGGUCAUAUAUGUAAAAAUAAAUUAUAAGAAUUUAGCUAUUUCCAUUUUAACCGUUUGGAUUGAAGGUUGGUCAGGCAACUUUGUUUUGAAUUUGAGAACAAAUAUUAUGGUUGUUAAUUCUUGAGUGUGUCAUUGCACACAUAGUUAUAUAUACAUAAACAUAUACUCAAUUACUCAUAGUUGAAUUCAAUAUAA